UGCUUUGCGUCUUUGUAGGAGCCAUCAUCUCUUGUCGGUCAACUCAGCGUUAGCAAAUUCAACAUUCUAGACAUUCAAGACCAGAGUUGUUGGAGGUAUUGUGAUAUAUGUUUGUCAGUAUCAGAAUUCAUUCAAAAUAAGCGUGCCUUCAAUUGCCGUUCGUUUCACGUUUUGAUGGAUCAAUUAUGCAAUAUUUAAUUAUUCAAUACUCUAGUUCAGAGCGUAGUGUAGUUUCUGUUGGGGUUACUACUUCAUCUAGGCAAUAUAUGAAAAACAAGAAACAAAGCUUGUUUUUAGGUGCAAAGAUCAUCCUACUAAUGUCCUUUCCUGUAUUCAGUCGCUGGCUGAGCAUUAUUUUGGCUGGUCUUCAGAAGAACCAGCAUAGGUGGAGGCCCUGAUCUACUGAUCUAAUGUCAGCUUCAAGCGAUGAUGGCCAGCGAUUUCAACUUUGUACAACGGGAGCAACGACUUCGUCAGUGGAUCUAUUAAACAUUCUAAUAAGAUUGUAAUUCUAUAAUGCAGAAGAAGACAAGGACUCCCAAGGCGGGCGCAAAGAAGUCCUCCGGUAGAUCUAUAUGUUGACGCCGUGCUUGCAGAUGUCUUGUCAAAGAAAAUGAUCCAUUGAUUUGACAUUUAUAACGCAAGUACCUGAAAUUUCUCCUGUUUACUGUUAACUCUUUGCAUGCCUGUCAAAGGAUGCAUGAUAGCACAUGCCAAGGCUGUUACUUUUACUUAUUCCCGUUUUGGCACCAAAAUAUGCUGGCGACGCUAGGACCUAACCGGCGUUGUGCUUUCAGUGGGAGUGACGUACCCGUCAACUACGAGGUGCCUGUCGUGACUUCGUCAAUCUCAAGAUGAUAUGCCGGACCAGUCUCUCGGAGGUGCUCAUAAGGUAGGGUGUGCGUGCGUGCGUGCGUUCAUAGGGAUGAGUGUGUGUGCGUGCUUGUGAGCGUCUGCGUCUGUACCGUGUUUCCUGAAAAAAUUAGGAAAAUGAAUAAGGCACCCAAAAUCUUGAUGUGAAUCAACGGUGGAUAUUAGAAUUUACCUCUCUUUUUUUUGUCAUGGGCACAUCUGCUAGGUCAUGCCCAUGGCCUACACUCAGCAUUUUAUAUCCAUCACGGAGCCAAUUAGUCAAGGUUGCCUAGGGUUACUAUAGACUUUAUUAUUAAUGACAUGGUGGUCAAUUAAGGAACAGGUAUGAAUAUAGUAGUAUAACUUAGCAGCUACUCCGAUAAUGAAUGCUGGGCUACGUUACUGUACAUAAAUAAAAAUUGCACCAAAUAUAUGCAUGAUCUCAUUAUAAAUCUUCUUUGCGUCUGCCUGGCAGCCUGGAUCGUCUGUCUUGCGCCACCAAACUCUAGCUGAGUCAGAUUGAUGUGAACAUUUUAGGUUUUCUUUUAUUUUAGAUCUUAUACACAACAGAAUUAGGGGUUAUAGACCUCUUGGCUAGAAUAAUACGGUACAUUUGAUGCUAGGCCGGUUGGUCGAGUUAUUUUUUCACCAGUUAAUAAUGCAGUACAUGUGAUGCGAAGCGGUAUUAGUGCCGACAUGUCUGUAUAUACAGCUUGUGGACCAUACUACAGCACUUUGCGUGUUUUAGGCAUCUCUAGCUUCUCGGUCAACUCAGCGUUAACAAAUUCAACGUUCCAUAGACCAUUCCAGGCCAGACUCGUAGGAGAUGUUAUGAUAUACUAGUAUGUUGUAGAGGUUGACGUGGUACUGGCUACCAUCGGUGUCGUUGCCGGCCGUUGACGUGACUUUGGUGAGGACGCCGAAAUUAUCACACAGAGUUUUGCCUGUAUACAUGCAGUUUGGAGUUUGGACAACGCUUACAGUUGCGUGUUGUAGGAGCCCAUCUCUUCUCGGUCACCCAGCGUUAGCAAAUUCAACAUUCUAGACAUUGACUUAUCUGCUUGGGGGCAAAUUAACUGCCGUUCUGCUGAGGAGGCUGAAUUAUCUGCUUGUGUCCAAGGACUGCGCGUCAGUAGGGCUGCUAGAACGACUGAAACUACUCUGGAAAGCGACUGUCAAACGGUCACUAACUGUUUGUGUCAGGGCAUCAGAAAUCUCUCUCAUCUCACUUCACGGCGCUACAACAUGAUGUGCUGGGGAAAGCUCUUCUGAUGGCUUUUGUUCGUCGUUCUCAGAACUCAUGCUUUAGCUAUGCUGGGGAAAACUGUUUCAUGUAAUCAUUUGCUUCUGGGCGAUGUCCCGCCCGUUGUAUAAGAACCCUGAUCCAAGACGAUUUGAUGCCUGAUUAAUGAAAGCUCUGUUCCCCUUUAGAGAGUUGGUCCAGACUGGGAGCUCAACUGGCAUCUGAAACGUGCUGUUCUCACGCCAAUAUGGGUGCAGACUGAUCUAGUGAUCUAAGGUUAAGCUUCAAGCAGGAGGACGCCGGGAAAGACGCGCCACCCGAUGGACCCUUGUCCGCCUCACUUGCCUCGUCGGGAUCCAGCCCCCCGGGGAGCCAAGCAGCCAAGAACCAUGAACAGGCCGCCGCUGCCAAAGCUGAGCCGCCGCCAGGCACCGCCGCGAAAAGGGCACCAACGACGCCGUGCCGACACCAACGUGCGGAACCAGAGGGACAAAGCCCCGCUGCUGCCGAAGCCCGGCGGCGUUCCGUGCGUGCGUGGAGCGUUUGAAUGGCAACUGAUUGUUCUAGAUGAAUCGUCAAGGGGUGGGUGGGACACCAAAGAACACAAAGGACUCCAAAGGCGCACGCAUAGAAGUCCUAUAACUACAGUAAUGAGGUCCCCCGCCAUGCCUCCUGCGCUUCUGCUAUAGCUCCUCGGCCAGUUGAUUUAGCUAUGCCGCAGCUCUACCACCGCUUGCUCCUCCUCGUCGCCGCCUGGCUCGCGGUCUCCGGUGGCAAGCCGACGGCCGCUGCCGGCGCCGUGUACUCGAGCAGCCCCAGCAUGUGCCACAAGUCCUUCAAGUGCGGCGACAACGUCGACAUCCGCUACCCUUUCUACCUCUCCAACCAGUCCAAGGUGCUCGACGCUAUGGCCUACUCCCACUCCCAGCACUACUGCGGCUACCCGGACAUGGCCAUCAUCUGCGACCAGCGCGGCACCGCCACCGCCACGCUGCAGCUCGGUGGGGGCAGCAACUACACCGUGCUGGCCAUCAACUACGGCAACAUGACCAUCAGCCUUGCCGACGCCGACUUCUGCCCCAGGGUCCGGCGAAACGUGACCUUCCCACCUGUCAACUCCUUCGAGACGACCUACACCUUGCAGUUAGCCAUCGACUACCUGUCGUUCUUCUACGACUGCGCCUUCACGUCCACCUUCACGCCCGCCGUCCCGGCCGCCGUCCCAUGGCCGGUGGGCAUCAUCCCAAUCAACUGCAGCAGCUUCGAGGAAGGGCCUUCGCCGGCGUUCCUUGUGCCGCAGCUCGACACACCAGAGGGGGACUGGCUUAUCCAGGCGUGCAAGGAGGUGUAUGUGCUACCUGUGCUGGGAGAUGAGCUCUUCAGACCGGAGUACUAUUCCCGGCUGGGGAGCGGUGGAUACGGGCAGGUGCUGAAGCAGGGGUUCCAGCUGAACUGGAUAGGCCCGAAAGGCGACAUGGCUUGCCACCAGUGCGAGCUUUCAAAUGGACAGUGCACCUACGAUCGUGCUACCGGCGGAUUCCUGGGCUGCUUAUGCUCCGAUGGACGGAUGCGCAAUCCGAACUGUGGUGCUGGACUCAUGAAGAAGACAAGAAAAAUAUGUAUAAUAGCAAGCACCUCGAGCAUACUUGUGCUAUGCCUACUUCUAUUUUCAUGUUUGCUGGGCUGCAAGAGAUACAGGUCAAGAAAGAAGUCGAAGGAAACACCAAGAAUUGAGUCCUUCCUACAGAAGCAUGCAGCAAUACAUUCGAAAAGAUACACUUACUCACAAGUGAAAAGAAUGACGAGAAAUUUUGCUGAAAAGUUAGGCCAAGGUGGAUUUGGUGUUGUUUACAGAGGAGACCUUUCCGGUGGUCGUCAGAUAGCAGUCAAGAUGCUUAAGGACUCCAAGGCUGAUGUAGAGGAAUUCAUUAAUGAGGUAGCCAGCAUCAGCAGAACCUCUCAUGUCAAUGUUGUUACCCUCUUAGGAUUUUGCUUGGAAGGAUCCAAGAGGGCACUAAUCUAUGACUAUAUGCCUAAUGGUUCGCUAGAAAGGUAUGCUUUCAAAUGCCACUCUAAAGCUGAAAAUACUAUAAGUUGGGAGAAAUUAUUUGAUAUAGCGGUUGGUAUUGCUCGAGGACUUGAAUAUCUUCACCGUGGAUGUAAUAUUCGCAUCGUGCAUUUUGAUAUCAAACCCCACAACAUUCUAUUGGAUCAGGAUUUCUGUCCUAAGAUAUCUGAUUUUGGGCUGGCCAAACUGUGCCCCAAUAAAGAAAGUGCUAUCUCCAUUGGUGACGCAAGAGGAACAAUAGGAUAUAUUGCACCCGAGGUCUAUUCAAAGCAAUUUGGAGCAGUGAGUAGCAAGUCUGAUGUGUACAGUUAUGGAAUGAUGGUUCUUGAGAUGGUUGGGGCAAGGGAUAAGAAUAUCAAUGCAGACAGUGAAUGUAGCACCCAAUAUUUUCCACAGUGGAUUUAUAAAAAUUUAGAUGAAUACUGUAUCAGUGCUUCUGAGAUUGAUGGCAAUAUCACGGAGAUUGUAAGGAAGAUGAUAGUUGUUGCGUUGUGGUGUAUACAAUUAAGUGCUAGCAAUCGGCCAACAAUGACUAGAGUCGUCGAGAUGCUAGAAGGGAGCACAAAUGGCCUGGAAUUGCCGCCACAAGUGCUCUUAAGUUUAUAGUCAUCAGAAUGAAUCUAUUGAAUGUUGUCCACUUCCAGUAUUGCACAACCGCAAGUAGGUUGCAGAAUGCAAGACUUCCAUUAAAUGUUGUAAAUUGUCAGCAAGUGGUGGGGAACCCAUGAAAUUGUUGACCGGGGUUGACCAUAUUACACUUUGUGACUAUAAUACCGAGUACUGGCACUCUUUUGUGUAGUUGUACCAAGAAUUUGAUAAAUCCAUUACAGAUUCA